UGGAAAUGUAGAAAAUGUAUCUGUAAUAGAAGGAAAUGUUAGAGUAAGAACUACUAAAUGAAAGUUGGUUUAAAUUAAAUUAGGCAUGAGAUAUUAGAGAUUGAAUGGAAUUCUUCUUUAUUAGUCGAGUUUCAAUGGCGGUAGCAAGGUUACACAGGACUGAAGUCAGAGGUACGCAAUUGUAAAUAUUCAAAUAGAAAAAGGCACUCAGAAAAGUAGAAAAGGCGAAUUAUUGAAUGAAUGAACGGAUAUAAUAGGAAUGAGUCAACUAUCUGGGAUACAGUCGGAAGCAUUCACCAACAAGGUACAGAAACCUGAUAAACCUCCGGUGGGUUAUUCGGCUUCCGUACCGCUGGAGAGAGACUGGUUUUUGGGAAUAGAUAAUAAGUCACAGAACAAGAAAAGUAAACCGGAUGUUGAUCUAAGCUCAACUGAUACAAAUGGAUCCUCUCUUCCCAAACUGAAUUCUGAUGUUGAUAUUGCAGAUAGAUUGAGUGAACGAAGAAAAGAAUCCUUACGAUUUGAUGGGAGAAAAAAAGAAAAGACUCCAAAGUUACUAGAAGCCGAGGAGUAUAAUACUUUACGACGACAUCGAGAUCCAAAUCGAAUGAAGAUGUUUGUGAAAGCGUUCUUGCUAUCUUUGUAUACCCCGGGCCAAAUCGGUAUUGUGAGUUUUCUAUUACAGUACCUGCAAUGUACUAAGAGCUUAUUUUUAUUCUUUUUUAUUAGCUCUCUGUUUGUUGGAAUUGCUCGACUUUAUACUCAAUACCAAAUGCUUCAGGACGAGUUUUGGGAAGAGGCAGCAAAGGAGCAUCCGAAUAUUGCAAAACUAGUUAAUCUUGGAGGGAUCGAAGCUCUUUCCCAUGAUGUUUCACAGUUUCAUACUUCAGAACGUCAAAAUUUUGAAAAAAAGAAUGACUGACAAUGGCUUAAUUAAAAGGGCGAUAGGAAUAUGCUGCAUUUGCUAUGUUUUCAUUUUUGUGAACGGCCAAAUGCAAGAGAGCUCAAAAUAUACUGAAAAAAAUAUUAAAUAUUUAACUGAAAAGCAUAGUUUUUUUUUUUUUACUUUUCUCAUCUCAAUUGUAUUCCAAAAAUCAUGAAUAUAUUCUUUACUGCACUUUUAAUAAUAUCGUUAACCAUAUACAGG